AUGGCGGCCACGGUCGAGAGUACGGCGAAAGCCUUGGAGACUGCGACAAUCUCCAAGACCAAAGAAUUGAAAGGUACCGAGAAACGAGAUACCCUCAUUGCCAUCGAGAAGAAAUACCAGAAGAAGUGGGAGGAAGAUGGCGUCUUUCAACCCAAUGCUCCCUCCACCGACGAAAUACCCCUCCAUUCGAUUUCCGCCGCCGAAGUACGAGCCCAGCACCCCAAAUUCUUCGGCACAAUGGCAUAUCCAUAUAUGAAUGGAACUCUCCACGCAGGCCACAGUUUCACAGUCAGUAAAAUUGAGUUCACAGCCGGAUUUGCGCGCAUGCAAGGAAAGCGGGCCUUGUUUCCUCUCGGAUUCCAUUGCACAGGUAUGCCAAUCAAGGCGUGUGCCGACAAACUCAUCAACGAGGUCAAGCUAUUCGGAAAGAACUUUGAGGGAUACACAGAGGAGGAUGCGGCGGAGGAUAAGGCGACUGCGACGGCCACGCCUGCUCCAACUACACACCACGAGGAUGUCACCAAGUUCACUGCGAAGAAGGGAAAGGCUGCAUCGAAGGUUGUCAAGAUGAAGUACCAAUUCCAGAUUAUGCGCGCCUUGGGAAUCCCGAUGGAGGAAAUCCACUUGUUUGCUGACACCAACCACUGGUUGGACUUUUUCCCUCCGUUGUGCAGACGGGAUCUUACGAAUUUCGGAUGCAGAAUUGACUGGAGACGCUCAUUUGUUACGACUGACGCAAACCCAUAUUACGAUUCCUUCGUCCGGUGGCAGAUGAACCGUCUUAGAGAGUUGGAGAAAAUCAAAUUCGGAAAGAGAUACACAAUUUACUCCCCCAAGGAUGGACAGCCAUGUAUGGAUCACGACCGUAGCGAGGGAGAGGGCGUUGGACCACAAGAAUACACGGCAUUGAUGUUGAAGGUCAAGGAGUGGGCACCUGAUGCCGAGAAAGCUCUCAAAGGCAAGAUUCCCGACGAUUCUAGUGUCUUUUUCGUUCCUGCGACCCUUAGACCCGAAACGAUGUACGGCCAGACAUGUUGUUUUGUUGGACCAAAGAUUACAUAUGGCGUUUUCAAACUUUCUGAGAAGGAGUACUAUAUCAUCACUGAUAGAGCUGCGCGAAAUAUGGCAUAUCAAGGAGUGUUCCCUCAGAAUGGAGUCUUCGAAAAAGUUGCAGAGGUGGUUGGUUCGGCUUUUGUUGGCACACUCGUCAAUGCUCCACUCUCUGUUUACAAGGAGGUCAGAAUUCUUCCUAUGGACAAUGUUCUUCCUACCAAGGGUACAGGAGUGGUUACUUGCGUUCCAUCCGACAGCCCUGAUGAUUUCGCGACCGUCACCGAGCUUGCUAAGAAGGCAGACUACUAUGGAAUCAAGAAGGAAUGGGUCGAUUUGGAGAUCCUCCCUAUCAUUGAGACGCCGUCAUACGGUAACUUGACUGCUCCAUUCUUGGUGAAGAAGCUCAAGAUUUCGUCACCAAAGGAUACCAAGCAACUUGAGGAGGCCAAGGAACUUGCAUACAAGGAAGGCUUUUACCAAGGUAUCAUGUGCUAUGGAGAGUUCAAGGGUGAUAAGGUCGAGGUAGCCAAGCCAAAAGUCAGACAACAGCUUUUGGAUGCUGGUGAUGGAUUUGCCUACUCAGAACCAGAGAAGAAGGUUGUCAGCAGAUCUGGAGAUGAUUGCUGCGUUGCCCUUAUGGACCAGUGGUACCUUGACUACGGAGAGGCGUCGUGGAGAGCUACUGCCUUGGAUUAUGUGGACAACAAAGAUGGAAAGGGUCUCAACACAUACACACAAGAAACCAAGAACGGUUUUGAGGGUGUUCUGAACUGGCUCAACCAAUGGGCUUGUGCUAGGACUUACGGUCUUGGUUCAAAGUUGCCCUGGGAUCCUCAAUUCUUGGUGGAGAGUUUGAGUGACAGUACCAUUUAUAUGGCAUACUACACCAUCGCUCAUUAUCUCCAUGCCGAUAUUUUCGGGAAGACUCCUGGAUUGGGCGGUGUCAAGCCAGAACAGAUGACCGACGAAGUGUGGGAUUACGUUUUCGCUCGAAGAGAUCUCGGAGAUGAAAUCCUCAACAGCAAAAUCUCGAAGGAUGUUCUUGCAUCAAUGCGCAGAGAAUUUGAGUACUGGUACCCCUUGGAUCUCCGAGUAUCAGGAAAGGAUCUCAUUCCUAACCAUCUUACCUUCUUCCUCUAUAUCCACAUUGCUGUCUUCCCACCUGAAUACUGGCCAUCAAGCAUCCGUGCCAACGGCCACUUGCUCCUCAAUGGAGAAAAGAUGAGCAAGUCCACAGGAAACUUUAUGACACUCGAGGACUUGACCAAAAAGUACGGUGCUGAUGCAAGUCGAAUUGCCUUGGCCGAUGCAGGCGAUGGAGUUGCUGAUGCAAACUUCGAGGAAGAUGUCGCUGACACCACAGUUCUUCGCCUUUUCAACUUGCGCGAAUGGUGUGAAGAGCAGGUCAAGGAUCAAGACAAGCUCCGAACAGGACCUAAGAAUGAUUUCUUGGAUGCUCUCUUCGAUAACGAGAUGAACGCCCUUGUUCACGAUGCAAAGAAGCACUACGAGGAUACCGACUAUAAGCUUGCGCUCAAGUCCGCAUUCUACGACUUCACCACUGCCCGUGAUUUCUAUCGUGAAGCCAGUGUUGCAGCAGGAAUCAAGAUGCACAAAGACCUUGUCUUCAAAUUCAUCGAGUUACAAGCUCUUCUUCUUGCAGUUAUCGCACCCCAUUGGUCAGAAUACAUCUGGCUUGAACUUCUCCACAAACCCACAACCAUCCAAAACGCUCUCUACCCAGAGGUCCCCGCUCCCAUCGCCUCCCUCACCGCAGCACGCGAAUACGUCCGCGCCACAUCCUCAAAUAUCACAUCCGCAGAAGCUGCACAGCAAAAGAAGAAGGCAAAGGGCAAGGAUAUCGGCUAUGAUCUCAAGAAGCCUAAGAAACUUACCAUCUUUGCCGCAGCCAAGUUCCCAGCCUGGCAAGAAAAGUAUAUUGAUCUCGUGCGCGAGGCCUGGAACGCUGAGACCAAGUCCACGAAUGACAAGGAGCUCAAUGGCAAGAUUGCCAAGAUGGGUGAAAUGAAGAAGGCGAUGCCGUUCGUUCAAGCACUCAAGAAGAGACUCAUCGCAGGCGAGAAGCCAGAUGUCGUUUUCUCCCGUAAGUUGGCCUUCGACGAGGUGGCUAUCCUCUUGAACAUGGUACCUGGCCUCAAGAAGGCGGCUGGUUUGUCAGUCGUGGAUGUUAUCCGGGUUCAUGAGGGUGGCAAGACUGGUGUUCUUGCUGGGGAGGAGACGAAGCUCGAUACACUUCCUCAGAGUGCUGAGAGUGCUGUUCCGGGGGUUCCGACGUUCAAUUUUGUGAAUGUGGAGCUUUGA